AUGGAACCAAAUUCACCACCGCCGAGCUACGAAGAAUGUAUGAAUUCUCGUCCACACACUCCACAAAGCAGCUACUAUGGAAGCGGUGGGCAUCAAGUGAUUCCGACCUUUCCACAGAAUCCAAAUGAUAGUUGUCACAGUUCAAGAGCUGCCACACCAACUCCUCGAAUUUAUAAUCAUGGAGAGCACAUUGUGCCGAUUAUGUGCCCACCACCGCCCGGUGUACAAAAUGGUCUUCCAUUGCAGACUCGACAAGAAGAUAAUGUUGCCAUGGAAUGUCUCAAAUCUGUUAUCAUUGGUGUUAUAUGCCUUUUCGUCUUUGUAAUGUUCUUUGUGUGGCAAACGUCAACAUCUAGCUGCACAAGUCUUCUCGUUGUGAUCAUCGGAAUUAUUAUGGUCUGCUAUGCGAUAAUCUACAUCACGACAAAGAAAAAGAGA